GGGGUGAGCAGUAAGCUGAGGGAGGGAGAGACGGGAGAGAAGGUAAGCGGAGGAGGCUGCAUCAUGGCGGACAGAGACAGCGGUAGCGAGCACGGUGGAUUCGCGACGGGCCCCGGCGGCAGUAGUGGUGGUCCGAUGCACCCAGGUCCGAUGGGGGCCGCGUCGCGGCUGCAGCACGAUACCGAGGAGCUGGCGUCUAAACGCGUGGACAUCCAAAACAAGCGCUUCUACCUGGACGUUAAGCAAAACGCUAAAGGCCGCUUUCUGAAGAUCGCCGAGGUCGGGGCCGCGGGAAACAAGAGCCGCCUGACUCUGUCUAUGUCGGUAGCUGUGGAGUUCCGAGACUACCUGGGCGACUUCAUUGAGCACUACGCGCAGCUGGGACCGAGCCACCCGGAGACGGUGCAGGACGAGCCGCGACGUGCGCUCAAGAGCGAGUUCCUGGUGCGCGAAAAUCGCAAGUACUACAUGGACCUGAAGGAGAACCAAAGGGGCCGGUUCCUAAGGAUCAGGCAGACCGUAAAUCGGGGCCCCGGCUUGGGGACAGCGCAAGGCCAGACCAUCGCGCUACCUGCGCAGGGGCUGAUCGAGUUCCGUGACGCUCUGGCCAAGCUGAUCGACGACUACGGGGUGGACGAGGAGCCGGCCGAGCUUCCCGAAGGCACGUCGCUCAGCGUCGACAACAAGCGCUUCUUUUUCGACGUGGGUUCCAACAAGUACGGCGUGUUUAUGCGCGUCAGCGAGGUGAAGCCCACCUACCGCAACUCGAUCACGGUGCCGUGCAAAGUCUGGUCCAAGUUCGGCGCCACCUUCUGCAAAUACGCAGACGAGAUGAAGAAGAUCCAGGAGCGGAGCAGGGAAAGGAGGGCACGGGAGCUCUUACCGGAGGGCCUGCAAGGAGACGACGGUGACGAGGAUUAACCGACCCCGACUGUUGACUUUGGUUAAUGAGGAAGGACCACGUUAUAUCAAAAGUUACUGUAAAACGAAGGCGCAAGAGAGGAUUCAAAAGGAUCGCCAUACACUCAACCCGCACAGAUUUGCAGUUGCAUCGAUGUCUUCGUCCAUCGGCCGGUUCUUCUCCACUUUACUCAACCACCUAACAGUAAGCCGCUGCUAUUGAUAACCCGAUCCACUGAACUGAACUGUUUCCGAGACGGUCAAAUGUCCUAAAUCGGAGUAUGUCUAUCUAUUCGCCCAUGCGUUUUUGUACACGUCUAAGCUAUUAUGAUACUGCUCCAAAGUGCAAAUUGAAAAGGAAAAAAAGCUAAACCUGAGAUGAUCUCUCAGACAUUUCCAGCACAAAGCUACUGUAUUUGGGAAUAUGUGAACCAAAAUGUUAAUUCUAUGUUUAAAGGUACGUUUAAGAUAAAGUGCUGUUUAUAUUGACAUGCACUGCGCACAGUCCCAUCUGCUGAACUGAAGCCAAUCCUUCUAACCCGACCGACCUGAGGCAUUCAAACCAAUUCUACUCACUGCCUUUGAGAUGCAUUAGGAACAGAGGUAGUUUGUGUAGCUCAUCAUGCAACAUUUGCUUCUUAUAUCAGAUUUACUGAGGACAGGUAGAGCGCAGUGAUGUCAGGGGUCGGAGACAGAGGCAUUACUAUAAAGACUGGGAAACCUUUAACCUAAGGUCACGGUAUUCCAAACGUUUAUAUCUAUUCGCAUUUCACACUCCUCAGUGUGAUGUAGCAGCUGGAUUAACGGUCUGAAUCGCCGGGUUAGGGUCUUACCUGAGU